GCGUCUCUAGCCUAUCAACCCCAUGCAUCUCAGCAAUGAUUACCAACGACCAUGAUUACAAACGCCCAACAGCUGGUCACCCACUCGCCCUGCCCCUUUUGGUCGUAUAAGAGACAGAGACAGAGGUGCCGUUCGGUGCGUGUAUAUAGACCAUGACGCGCCAGCUCAACAAAUGGCACAUGAUCCAGCACAAUAUCCCACUCUCUGCCAACCUCCCAGCCUUGCAAUUCCACGGUACCAAUCCAACCUCUUCCUCGUCUAGGCAUUGUCACUUCUCGCCAAAAUGGUGAAAAUUGCCGUCGCCGGAGGGUCUGGGCCCGUGGCCAGGGAGAUCAUCGACGUGCUGGUGUCGAGGGGCGAGGGCAAGCACGAGGUCGUCGUGCUGUCGCGCAAGGCCCCAGCUGACGGGGAGGCGCUCGAGGGAACGACGUGGGUGACGGUCGACUACGAGGACAAGAGCUCGCUUGUCAAGGCCCUGCAGGGCGUCGACACUGUCCUAUCGUUCAUCGCCGUCCACCUCGACCCCGAUUCCUCCAUAGCCAAGAGAAUCAUCGACGCCGCUGUCGACGCCGGCGUGAAGCGCUUCGCGCCGAGCGAGUGGUCCGCGUACGUUGACAGCACCACUUCGUUAUCCAAGAUCGAUCUUCUGCCAUGGUACGCCGGGAAGGGCGUAAUUCGCCAGUAUCUAGCAGACCUCAACAAGGACAAAAAGGCGAAUUUCCCUCCUUCGCCCUUCGUGAUCGAAUACACCCUGUUCCAGGUCGGCGCGUUUGCCGACUACCUGGCCACGCCGUACCAGACGGCCAAGUACGUCGAGCCCAACAUGACGUGGUGGGACAUGGAGAAGGGCCGGAUCCUCGCCAUCGACCCGCCCAAGGAGACGGUGACGUUGACGACGGUCAAGGACAUUGCCAACGUCGUGGCGCUGGCCAUCGAGUACAAGGGCGAGUGGCCCGUCAUCGGUGGGAUCCAUGGCACCACUGUCACGAGCGCCGAGGUCAUUGCGCUCGGGGAGAAGCUCAGAGGCAAGAAGUUCGCCGUCGAGACGCUCAGCGCCGACGACCUCCGCGCGGGCGUGUGGAAGGGCUCGUGGCUGCCCAUCCUGAACAUGCCCAGCAUCACCGAGGCGGAGCGCCUGCAAUUCUCCCAAUUCGUCACGGGCGCCUGCCUGCUGUCGAACCUGGAAGCGUCGUGGACGGCGUCGGACGAGUGGAACAAGCUGCUGCCGGACUACAAGUUUGCGAACCUCGAGGAGUUUCUCGCCGAGGUGUGGACUGGCAAGCCGUAG